CCACACAAGCCAAGUGUCCUUUUGAAAAUUCCAUGUGCAGUUUGGUGCCGGAGACCUCACCUACAUACAGAUUAGCGUAUGGAAAGUCCGCCACCGCAGCCGGACCCUACGCUGGGAACACAAACGGCGCAGGUUUGAGUUUUAAAUCAUUAUAUCAGAAUCUAAAUGACGGAUGUAGUCAAGGGGCCAUUAAAAGAUGGAAGCAGUUUUGUGUGCCCAUUCUGUUGUCCUGUUCCGAUUGGACUAGUGCCAAAAUGAAGCGUCCUGGGGCCUCUAUGCAGUCGACAUUUUGUUUUGUGAAAUUCAAAAUGAAUUUAGUUUUUCAUCAUAAAAGUAUUCUCUACUUCUUAUAAACUACCUUUAUUUGGUUGAUUUUGAUCGAAAAAUUCGCCCUACUCCCACAGCCAAACUUAUAACUAAAAAAAAACAAAAAAAAGCUUAAAAUAAAAGACUUUCUAUCAAAGACGACUUAAAACACAAUAGAAAGUAAAGAAAUACAAUUUCUUAUAAUGAAUAAUGGAAAUGCAUACCCCUCCCCCCAACCCCCUUUUUUUCCAAGCAGAAAAAAUGUGUGCAUCAAUAAAACGAAAUUAUAUUUAAAAAAACGACCAAAUAAAACAGUUUUUUCAAUUUUAUAACAUUUUUCAAAUACAUAGCAACUAAUGCCUUGAACUGAUUACAAUUAGUGGAGCCUACAAAUAUCACUACGCACGAUAUAUUUAAUGAUCCGUAUAUUUAAGGCUAAUUUGGUUAGAGGCUUACACCAUUCGAUUAUAAACAUCGUACUGUUUCAAUAGUUGGCCCCUCAUAAUUAUAAGCCAAAGUCUUACCUCCCGUUGUCCACAUAUAUUUUAUUUAUUUAUUUAUUUGGAAAUUCAAAAGUUUAAAGACAGUAUUAACACGGUAUUACACUACCUUUUCAUGAAUAUAAAGGUCUAUAAUUUUAAUGUAGCUCCUACUGUAAAACAUGUGCCAUCUGUUGUCAAAUUGUAUUUCAUAAUAAAAGCACGAAUUUUAAAGUAGGGAGGGCUGUUAAUUUAUAAAUUGUAAGAUGGUAUUAUGUUUUAAAGAUAUAGUUAUUGCUAGUAUAAUUUUAAAUAUACUCGAUUCCAUGUAUUUGAUGUCAAAAGUUAACAAAAAUUAAGAAUUUAACUGGUGCAAACCGAUAAUGCACCUUUCACCAGUUGUUGUUACAUCAAAAUCAGUUGUGUUUGGUUCAAAUGUGCUACUUUUAUAACACGGAUACCUGAAUAUUCGAGUUUUUUUUUUUAAAAGCCAACAUUAAUUAAAUUCCCAACUUCUGUUCUGUUUCAAUACCAGAAUAAUAAACAAUAGGCCCGCCAAGUCAUGGAUUUAAAAAAGGAAAAAAAAAAUUCUUCAUUUUGUCGGUACCAGCUUUUAAGGUUGCCAGGUGUCCACUAUUUGAGCGGACAGUCAGUUUUAUUUCACAUUAUGUUCAUUAUUUUUUUAAACAAAAUAGUGGACAUUUGUUAAAUUCAAAAGCUUUUUGAUGAAAUGGUACGUAACCUGAAGCUGUAAAGUCUCAGAGAAUAAGGAUAGGAGACUCGUGCAUUGUCUUUUUUUUUCUUAAGUAAGAAUGAGACAAAGUUUGAAUAUCUUUUGAACUCGAUUCUCCGACAAAAUUAUUAAUCAUACUAAGAUACUCAAUUGUUUCACAAGACAUUUAGUAAAAGUAUAUUAAAAUUAUUUACAUACUAUUUUUCUUAACUCGCAUAUCCCUUUUAUUUUUAUAUUAAUUUUUUUUUUUAAAGUUGGAUAGGUAUGUUUUGGAACACUCAAUAGCGUAUCAUUAUUUGAGGCUCAAUGAGUACAAGCCUCAAUAUCUAAGAAUAAUUUAAACGUAAACAUUUUUAAAAUUUUGUUACUACUUAACAUCCCCCCUCCUUCAUUGGAUCCUCCAGCGGUCUUUUUAAAUAGCAGAAUGAGAGCAUCGGGCGAGUUGUCAUUCUGACGGCAAUCAGAAAAUACCGGACUGAAUUUAAAUAAAUGAGUCCACAAUCAUUAAUAAAGUGUGGUAACAACCAUUAGCAGUUUUCUUGGGGCUUUCAGGAUGCUCGACUAGAGGGGCAAUGAUCUUAACAACCAUUAGCAGUUUUCUUGGGGCUUUCAGGAUGCUCGACUAGAGGGGCAAUGAUCUUAACAACCAUUAGCAGUUUUCUUUGGGCUUUCAGGAUGCUCGACUCGAGGGGCAAUGAUCUUAGCAACCAUUAGCAGUUUUCUUGGGACUAUCAGGAUGCUCGACUAAUAAACCUCACUACUUCACCCACACAAAUUCCUGCGCUACUUUCUGUGCUAACACUUUCCGUGCUACUUCCAGUGCUACGUCAUUUGGUACUUCCUGUCACACGUUUCAUUUCUCCAAAUGACAAUGUCCAGAUUCCUUCCUGGUCAUCCACGAGGUGCCUGGACACACGGGGGUGGUUCGUUUCCACACGGCCUCAUUCCACAACGGACCGGUGUGCAUCGAGUUCUACCUGUUCCAGAAAGGUCCAUCUUCCUACAUCGAGCUCAUCUACCAGGGGCCCACUCUUGCCACGGCGGUCUUUAAGAGCUACCACAACAGCAACCAUGUGACGUGGUACCACAGCAAGACCUACCUCAACGUACCUGCGGGUGUGCAAUUUUCGGUGAGUGUUGAUAAUUCCGUCUGCCUCAAGGACAUUUUUUCAUGGUCUUUAAACGACUUAACUUCACUGUGUUUUAAGACAGUUCAAUUUUUAUUAAUAUAGUUUACUGUGUCUUAAUGAUAAAGACGAUCUGACGCGACGCAGAAAUUGCACGGAUCACAUGAAAACUUAUAAACAAACUUUACUAUCACCUUUUUUUUUUGGUGAGGGGGGGGGGUAGGGCAGUACAUUUUAUUUUACAAGGUAUGCCCUUCAGACAAUGACAAGGUCGUAGCUAAGCACUUCGUGUUGCCAUGUUAUUUUAACAUUAAUAUCACACCAAGGAUCAUAAUUCGUAAGUUGGUGAUGGAGGGGAAAUGGGGUGGGGGGGGUUGAGAUAAUGACGUGUUUGACGUCAUAUGGGCUCACAGAGGCUGGCUGACACCAAACACCAGGCUGGGCGCCACUGUCUGCUACACACCAACAUCUUGUUGACACCAAACACCAGGCUGGGCGCCACUGUCUGCUACACACCAACAUCUUGUUGACACCAAACACCAGGCUGGGCGCCACUGUCUGCUACACACCAACAUCUUGUUGACACCAAACACCAGGCUGGGCGCCACUGUCUGCUACACACCAACAUCUUGUUGACACCAAACACCAGGCUGGGCGCCACUGUCUGCUACACACCAACAUCUUGUUGACACCAAACACCAGGCUGGGCGCCACUGUCUGCUACACACCAACAUCUUGUUGACACCAAACACCAGGCUUGGCGCCACUGUCUGCUACACACCAACAUCUUGUUGACACCAAACACUAGGCUGGGCGCCACUGUCUGCUACACACCAACAUCUUGAUAUUGAUCUUUUUUGUUGUUUUCCUAAUAGCUUUUUAUUUUUCGGGUCCCUUUGGCGACGCUUAAACGAUUUUUUGUUUUCUUCCUUUUGUUUGUUCUAGUCCCUCUUGAUAUGUAUUCUGAAGUAUGUUUACUGACUCAUGACUAAACCACACUGUUAGAAACACAAAAAUCAUUUGCGAUUUAAUAACUAAUCUGAGCCAGAAAACAAAUAUUGAAUUAUUUCAUACUUUAUAUUCUAUUCUCAUUUAGAUCACAUUCCAGGCCCACAUGGCUUCCGGUGAUGUGGCUAUCGACGACCUAUACAUCUACAACGGACAUUGCUUGUAACUGAUUGGCUGGAAUUUGACAUGCAUUCUUUAAGAUAAUAAAGGUAGUAAUCGGAAUAUUG